CCGACUAGAGACCAUGUCUGGGUGAAAGGCUGCGCAGACCAGCAUGUAGGACACUGGACUGGGACGUCUAGGCCCCAGGAUCUGUUGUUAGCUCUGCUGUGGUGCCUGGGGAAAAUCCCUUCCGAUCGACCCGGGCUGUGUAAACAUGCCUGCUGCGUUACUCCAAUAUGCAGAAAUAUGAGUGAUCGUUGCUAAGGACAAACCCACUCCUGGAUCUGUGUCUUACACGGGGGCCUUUGCUUUCCUCCUCAACUACCCCACGCUCGCUAAGAGGCCGGGCUUUCCACAGCUUCCUCUCAUCUUCUAGAACUAAGGCAUGCUGGAUUGCUACUCCCUUCUUCUGCCUUCUGGGCGGGAUGACCUCUCCUGGGGCGUCUCAUUCCUCUCGCACCUCUUCUUCCUGCCCUUCCCGAGUUCCCUUCUCUCCCUCGCUCUUGCCCCUGCCCUCCCUUGCCCAAAAGCUCUGUCCCUUCCUGGGCCCCGUGAUGGUGUUUGGGGAAAGCACAGCAGUCACUGAGCGAUGUCACAAAGACCUGGGCAGCUGCCUGCAGCUGGUGAGAAAGGAGGCAUCAGCGGGGCCGGCCUGUGCAGUGAAAGAAGCAGCUGACAGUAGCGCUAAGGGAAGGGGUGGGGAGACCAUAACUUGCCUCAUCCUGUUGCUGUUAUUGCCUUGGACGGGUUCAAUGUGUCUUACAGAUGACUUGGAAGAAGAUGAGCAGAGCUGAGGUCUCCCACCAGUCCCCAUAGAGCCCUCCCCAGCCACUGCCUGUGAUCAGACAGCAGCUAGAUCCGCCCGUCGCACGGCUACCGGCAUGUGGCCGGUGCUGCUGACUCCUUUCCGCCUGAUCACCGUGCUCCUGCUCUUCAGGGCCCCCACGGCUGAAGUCUUUGUUUACGUGGUCUACAAGCAGAACUCCACCUGCAUUGAUUUUAGAGCGCUGUCUGCGUGCCUGGGGCCGCCUGUCCCCAGAGAGGGCCUGAGGGGUUAUCUGAUUGAGGCGGUACCUGCAAACGCCUGUCAACCGAUCAGAGGCCCGCCAGCAGGCAGCAACGCCUCGGCCACCUUCAUCGUGCUCAUAAGCAGGUAUGACUGUCCCCUGGGGGUGAAAAUCCUUCAUGCUCAACAAGCGGGCUACCAAGCUGCUAUUGUCCACAACGUGAACUCAGAGAAGCUGGUGACAAUGGUGACUAACGUGGAGGAGAUCAGGCAGAAGGUUGGAAUUCCUUCUGUCUUUACGGGGCAAUCCGCCUCCCAGCUGCUACGGAAGGCGAUGGGCUCUGAAAAACGCAUUCACGUCACUCUGGUGGUACCCGAACACUAUCAGAAUCCCUGCUGGGCCGAUGCAAAGUUCUCCCUCGGCGAUGCGGCUAGGCAUUACUGGACCCUCCAGUUUGGAUAUUGCUCCAAACACGUGAUUUCUCUUUUCAUCCGGGAGUUUGGCAUGGCCAUUGGCAUGAUCGUGUGCACCCUGCUGGUGGUGGGCUGCAUCAGAUGGUGCAAGAAGAGGCAGAAGAUAACCACGAGCACAUUCAAAAUGGGAGACAAGUAUGUUACGUGCGUGAUCUGCAUGGCCGAGUAUGAAGAAGGGGACCAGCUGAAGAUUCUCCCUUGUUCUCAUGUCUAUCAUGUGACCUGCAUAGACUCGUGGCUCCUCGUCCAGUCCCAGUGUAAGACCUGUCCGAUUUGCAAACAGCAGGUGACUAUUGCAAAAUAGGCCUCUGGUGCAUCAAAAUGUCCCUUUGCAAGUGUAAAGCGUUCCAGAGGAGGGAAAAUAAAAUGAGUUUGA